UGAAUUCCAGAGCAGUGAUAAAGCGUGCCCGAGGGGCCAAUUUCGGCGCUAGCUGAGUGCGGAAGAGCCUUCGCAUCCAUCCCGUGCCAGGUGCGCUUUUCUUUUCCACACUCAGUGCACGCAGCAGCGCGGGUCACGCCGCCGCACCACAGGGGGCUGGACACGACGCGCAUAGCGAACGCCAUCGUGGACGAGAUGCUGCGCGUGUUCCGGCUGAACGCGGCGCUGGUGGAGCGUCUGACGCCGCUGCGCGUUCCGGGCGAGCUGCGCUUCCCGGGCGGCCGCGUGCACGACGUGCGCGUGCUCCGGCUGCCGGCGCUCGAACGCCGCGGAGACGUGGCCGCGUCGCUCAGCGGCGGCGUGCUCGUCCUGUCGGGAGGCCUGGGCCUCGACGAGCUGCUCGUGCAGAGCCGGUACAGCGCCGGCCCGCGACAGCCUCUGCAGCUUGAGGGCGAGAUCGACGGACGCGUCACCAACCUCACUGCCGGCGUGCAGCUCACAGUCAACGUGGCGCAGGCCAGAGCUGUCCUCGACGUAUUCAAGGUGCCUGCCCUUCGCACCGCUCGCGUGAGCCUUUACUGGGACGUCGUGCGCUCGCUGAGCCACUGUACUUCAGUGUGGUUGAAGCGCAGCUAAUUCGAAGUUUACGCAAAACUUUCUUUUAUCGCAAUUACUAAACGGUGCAUUUCUUUAU